UUUACGAGUCGGACUUUUACAUUUUUUCCGUGAUAACAUUGGCAAUACUGAAACUGUAAAAGUUCUAAGCUGACAUAAAACUGGUAACACUGUACAGCACUUAGAUUAGAAUUCAAAAUGGCUGCGCCCUUGGGAAACGUCUCGCUGUGCCAAGAUUUUAGCCAAUUUAUGGAAAAACUGAAAGAAAAUCGUACCACCGACGACCGAAUUAUCUACGAAUUAAACACCACUAUUCCAACUACCUCAUUCGCUGCAAAUGUAAACGUGACAGAAAAAUGCAAAUCCCUUUUUGACAUGGUGCUAGCCACACACAGCUUGCGAAACCAGGCAAUCAACCAGUGUAUUGAGAUCCAAGCUGCCAAGACAAAAGUGCUCAAGGACCAGCGAGACAAAGACCCUGAAGAUUAUAAAGUUCGAAAACAGCUUGGCCGAGAACAAACCACUCUGAGGUUGUUCCAACAAGAAUUAACCAUCGAAAACAUUGUCCAAGAAAGGGCGAAAAAGGCAUUUUACGAACGCUGUAGGAAUUAUUACACUCCUACUAAUGCAUCGUGACAGAAAUAUAAACUGAAUAUAUACUGAUGCCACUAAUUCUGUCAAGUUGCUGUUUAGGCUAUGAAUCAGUUCUCCAAAUUGUGAUAGUGAAAGCAAAAAUAAAGUUUACUUUGAGA